AAUUGAACGACUUACUGACAUCUAUUGUGAACGUGAUCAACCUUUGUCGACUCUGCCCUGGGUGUUUUCCUGAACGGAGUGCCGAACAAUUCACGUGGGUUAUACUUUCCCAUCUGUAGCUAGUGGAAGUGAACUCCGUUUGCGCGAAUCGAUUUCAACUUCACGAUGGUUACCCGUGAAGUUUGGCAUACUAUGACGAAUACAUGAAUGAACUGCUUCUUCACAGUUCGAUUAUGUCGGGAGUGCUCCCGAAACCGUCUCGCCACGUAAAAUGUGGUCAAACGCCUGUGAAGCUUCGCUCUCGAGCAUCACUACCAGCCAUUCCCACCAUUUCGUCCCGUCACCUAAGAAGCUGGCCUUCUACUCACCAAGCUAAUCGACGAAGUGUGAAUUUAAACUUCGACGAGUGCGCUCCUGCAAUCAGUGACGUCUCCUGCGAAGAAUUUUACGCCCGACUUGGCGAACGAGAAGCUCCGGAAGGUCGCGAGGACUUCGAAUGUCGUCCUCCAUCCGAGUAUUUCGAAACAUUACCAGAGAGUGGACUUCAGAAAUCCUUCGUGCAUUCAAAACCGCCACGACUAAAACUUUUUGUGAGGGAAAGACUUGAGAGAAAGAUCAGAGUGGCGCUUCCACUUCCCUCACCCGUAGAGUUUACAUCGACGCCUGAACGAAAUUGUUUUCGAGAGGAAGAAACGAUUCCUUCGAUUGAAACCAAGUGCGAAGCCUUCCAGUCUUGGUUAGACGGUGAAACUUGCUUCGAACCCAUCGUACAAUUUUCUGGAUUAAAAUUAGGAGAAAUUGAAGUUGGGUGGGCCGAAGUCGACAGAAUCAUCGUGAAUGACUGUCAAAAAAUAUGCCUUGAAACACCCGCAAGUUAUCAUUCUUUUGUGAUACCGAAGUUUUCCGAUUGCCUGUCGACGAUUUCGAAAAUGGCGAAGCGUACAAAUUGCCCAGUCGUACAACAAAGAACGAAAGAGUUUUGCUGUACCAUGAAAGUGCAAGUUACAGCUCCUGCAUCCCGUUGCGAAGAAAAACAAAUCACACGCGAGGCUUUCUGGAAAAGUUUGCAGUCUCCGAAACACGGUUGGCGGAAAGGUUUCCUGGAAGUUACUGAAGCCUCGAUAUACUUGUCUGAGUCCUUGCAUAAAACCCCGGAACUUGUGCUACCUCAUCCUCGAACCGCCGACGAUGUGAGAAUCGUGGAUUUGGACGCCAAGAUUGCAUCGGACCUUCCAGAAAACCAGCGCCGCGUUGUGCGUCUCGGUUUGGAAGUUUUCGUAGCUGUGGAUCGCCCUGACACUUUAUGCGAAUUGCUGCAAGACAAUUGCUCCACGAGAGACAGUAUUCGCGAUUUGUUAGCCGAGAAAACAAUCCGAUGUGAGGUUCGAUGUACGGUAAAAUUAGAGUUGGAAGGUCUCCGGAUGCGAAUGGAGGAUGACUUGAGAAUUGAUUUUCGAUUUGUGACUGGCAUGUGUGUCAUGCGGAAUUCUCAACGUUGUCAUCUUGACCAUUGUAUUGUGAUGGAGUCUUUCGAAGCGGAUGGAUCCAUGCCUUGAUUCGCAUCACCAGUGAAUCAGUCCUGCAAGAAAAAUAUGACUCGAUCGUGUACUGCACGUGUGAACCUUCGUGUGCUAGAAGAAAUAAUGCGUGCAAAUGGAACCCUGACAUCGAGGAACUGAUCAUUGUUUCGAGCUUCACCCUCGUUUACCCAUGAGUGAUUAUUUAUUCAAAAACGCGAGAGCGGCGAAGUUUGUGCUCUCCUUGGUAUGGCUUCCGUAAUUUCAUAUAUUUACCUCGUUGUAUGUUUUUAUUUUAUAUUCAAAAUAUUUGGGAAAUGGAUGCACAACGUAUCAGCUGCCAAAAA